CGCUACGUGAAGAGACGCAGCAGGUUUCUAUGCACAUAACUGUCAUGGCGGGAUACAUGAAAUGUAGAUUGGAAUUUAACAGCAGCUGCGGAAACAUAACAGCAGUUUUGUUAUGUGUUAUUUUUUAUUUUUUUACAAUAAUAGACCAUACAUCUGCCCUUACAGGUAAUAAGCUGUUAAUAAAAAACAUAAGUGAUGGGGAAGAAUUGAAGGAACUCAAGAACCAGCAAUAUUUUUGUUAUCAGAACUAUAAGGUGCCUGGGUGGAGAGAGACAUGGACAAGAAUUCAGAUCCGAGUGCGCAGCUCCAAGCAGUUCAAGGUGAUGGUGGUCCAGGAUGAGGAGGAGCUACAGGAGCUGGAGUACCUCAGCAUCUGGAAUUUCAUGCAGCUUUUACUACGAGAGCGCUCCAAUGAAACCACUAUUGACAUCAGCCUCUUCCGAGCCAAGACCUGCUUUCGGGUUGACCCAGUUGACUAUGAAAAUCUGUACACCGUCAAGGUCAUGAGAAGGUUUGACAUUUACCUGUUCUCUGUAUUCCUGGCUGGAUUGCUGUUGUUCAUCUUUGCGGACGUGCUUAGCAGGAGUCAGGUGUUCUACUAUUCAGCAGGAAUGACCACAUGCAUGGUUGCCUCCCUCAUCAUCCUCAUCUUCAUCAUGGCUCGCCUGCUGCCUAAGAGAAGCCCCUUUUACGUGUUGAUAGUGGGAGGCUGGUCCUUUUCUGUCUACCUGAUCCAGCUGGUGUUCCGGAACCUCCAGCUCAUCCUUAGAGAGCACUGGCACUUAGCCUUAGGUUACACCGCAGUGGUGGGAUUCGUCAGCUUUGCUGUGUGCUACCGCUAUGGCCCCCUAGUGGAGCAGCGCAGUAUUAAUAUCCUGUCCUGGGUGCUGCAGCUGUUUGGCCUGCUGCUAGUCUAUGCUGGGAUCCAGGUGCAGCAAGUGGCACUUGCCAUUAUUAUUGCUGCUUUUUGUUCCAAACACCUAGAGUACCCUGUUCGGAUAGGGUUCACUGCGUACAGCAAGCUGAAGCCCAACUGGCCCCGGAAGCUGCAGCCCCGUCGCCUGCUGACCGAAGAAGAGUACCAGAAGCAGGCGGAGGUGGAAACGCAGCACGCCCUGGCACAACUCAGGGACUUCUGCAGUAGUCCUGAAUUCAACACCUGGAAGACUGUGUCUAGACUGCAGUCCCCUAAGAGGUUUGCAGACUUCAUUGAGGGCUCCCCUCAUCUGAUGCCGAAUGAAGUGUCUGUCCAUGCCCAAGAGUAUGGUCUUGGAGGGUCCUUCUUUGAGGAAGAGCUUUUUGCUACAGAUGAGGAUGAAGAGGAUGAGGAUGAGGAGCACGACCAAAUGAGAAUGAUUGAAGGAAUGCAGAAAGACUACCUCAGGAACCACAGAGGUGUGUAAGGGAGGCCAGCUGGAGAGGGACCUGGGGCGGGACUAGAACAAUUUCGGAACAUCAGAACCCAGCAAGCCCUCAAUGUCUCCAUAGUGCUGCAAACAUCUGGCGACGUGUCUGUGAAGUCUUAUGGUGGCUAUCAAACUUUCUAUUCUCAAAUUUUUUGUAUAAUAUGGUGGGUUCAACUCAGGACAGGAGAUGUCUAAAUCUAUCCCAGAACCUGCAAUAUCAUUGUUUUGUUUUUAUAUUGAUGGUACUUUUGUUUUAGGUGGUCUGGUAGUCCACAGAACCAGUGGUCUAAGCCCAUCUUUUUAAACCCAGUCCCCGGCUAUCGCCAGACGGUACAUAUUUUUGCUUUCAGUGACCUUGAUUGCUUAGCUCAGGUGUUCUGGGAGCUGGGAGGGAGCCAAAAUGUGGAUUGACUGGAGGUUCCAGAAGACUGGGUUUGAGGAACACUGUUCAGAGUCAAGCAUGGAAGCCAACUGGGACCAUUGAGUGUUUAUGCAGUAGGUCCAGCUUCAGAUUUUGUCCCCUUUAAAAGCUUCCCAGUUCAGACCAGGUGGACUUCUGUCAAGAUCGUUACCAAAAAAUAUUUAAGAACUUCUUGGCGACUUCCUGAUCCAAAUUGGUGCCAUACCUUUUAAAUCGCAUCCAUGAGCAGUUAGGUCUUAAGUGUGUGUGCGCAUGUUGGUUUUUCUCCUUUAUCUUUUUUUGUAUCUCAUGAAAUUGUGCUGGUUGGUGUUUUGUGGAGGUAAUAUUCCCAAAUGAAUGCUUUAAAGCCUUUGCCCUUCGUUUGCCCAUUUCUGCUUAACUUAUUGUGCUUUAUGGUUCAGCAAGUCACCAUUGCAUUUUAGAAACUGGUAAAAUUCUUAUACGCAUACUAAUAGGAUCAUGCCAUUUGAUCUAAGGUUUCUGAGACAUAAAUGAAUGCAAUUCAUUUUUGCAGAAUAUGUGAUACUGUUGGAUUGUCUCCCUCAAACAUGCACAUAUAUAUAUGAAGAUAAGAUACGAAGGUUAAACGAACUUAAAAGAAAACAAAACACCUUACAACAUUCUCUGUAUUUUAAAAGGUCAGGUUCACGAUUGUUGUUUCUGUUUUAAGAUCCGAUCUGUAUCUCACUGCCACUUAUGAUUAUUAGUUUCCACGUGAAAGUGAGCUGAACUCCUUGGACUUGUGUUUUGACACCAUAUUUAAGUUACUGUAAUGCAUUACUGAUUUUAGGACUUCUUUUUUUAAUUUGUCGACAUAAAUAUUUUGAUUUUUAUUAUUGUUAAUUCAUUGGUCCUCAAUUGUCUCUAAAGCAUUUCCUGUAUAUAAGUUUCUGUCACGGUUCUGUUUCUAAAUUUUGUUUCAGCUGUGAAACACAAAAUUCUGAUUUCAGUCUUGUUUUUUUGUGUAUUUACCUACCUGAUGUGGACGGGGACGAGUAAAAAUAAAUACAUUUAAAAUAU